GCCCCAGACCCGGGGAGCUGCCGUCCACCCCUGUCGCUGCACAGAGCUGUGGCACCAUGCGAGGGGGCCGGGGGCUGCUCCUGCUGCCGCUGCUGCUGGCCGGCUGCCUGGGAGCCGAGGGCCGGAACCAGGAGGAGCGUCUGCUCGCAGACCUGAUGCACAACUACAACCCCCACCUGCGGCCCGCACAGCGGGACUCCGACGUGGUCAACGUCAGCCUGAAGCUCACCCUCACCAACCUCAUCUCCCUGAACGAGCGAGAAGAGGCCCUGACCACCAACGUCUGGAUAGAGAUGCAGUGGUGUGACUACCGCCUGCGCUGGGACCCACAAGACUACGAAGGCCUGUGGGUGCUGCGGGUGCCGUCCACCAUGGUGUGGCGGCCCGAUGUCGUGCUGGAGAACAACGUGGACGGCGUGUUCGAGGUGGCCCUCUACUGCAACGUGCUCGUGUCCCCCGACGGCUGCGUCUACUGGCUGCCACCCGCCAUCUUCCGCUCUGCCUGCCCCGUCUCUGUCACCUACUUCCCCUUCGACUGGCAGAACUGCUCCCUCGUCUUCCAGUCCCAGACCUACAGCACCAGCGAGAUCAACCUGCAGCUCAGCCAGGAAGCAGGCCGGACCAUCGAGUGGAUUUUUAUUGACCCCGAGGCCUUCACAGAGAACGGGGAGUGGGCCAUCCGCCACCGGCCGGCCAAGACGCUGCUGGACGCGGGCGCGCCGGCCGAGGAAGCCGGCCACCAGAAGGUGGUCUUCUACCUGCUCAUCCAGCGCAAGCCCCUCUUCUACGUCAUCAACAUCAUCGCGCCCUGCGUGCUCAUCUCCUCGGUCGCCAUCCUCAUCUACUUCCUGCCGGCCAAGGCUGGUGGUCAGAAGUGCACCGUGGCCGUGAACGUGCUGCUCGCCCAGACCGUCUUCCUCUUCUUGGUGGCCAAGAAGGUGCCUGAGACCUCGCAGGCGGUGCCCCUCAUCAGCAAGUACCUGACCUUCCUCCUGGCGGUGACCAUCCUCAUUGUCGUGAACGCUGUGGUCGUGCUCAACGUGUCCUUGAGGUCCCCACACACGCACGCCAUGGCCCGCGGGGUCCGAAAGGUGUUCCUGCGGUUCGUGCCCCAGCUGCUGCGGAUGCACAUGCGCCCGCCAGCCCCGGCGGCUGUGCAGGAUGCCCGGCCCCAGCUACAGAGUGGCGCCGGGCGGGCAGUCACAGCGGGGGCCGAGAUGACCCUCUGCCUGCCCCGCAGUGAACUGCUCUUCCGGCAGCGGCAGCGCAACGGGCUGGUGAGGGCAGCGCUGGAGAAGCUAGAGAAAGGACCGGAGCCAGGCCACCACCAGGAGCUAUGUGGCAGCCUGAAGCAGGCCGCCCCAGCCAUCCAGGCCUGCGUGGAAGCCUGCAACCUCAUUGCCCGUGCCCGCCACCAGCAGAGCCACUUUGACAGUGGGAGCGAGGAGUGGUUCCUGGUGGGCCGUGUGCUGGACCGCGUCUGCUUCCUGGCUAUGCUCUCGCUCUUCGUCUGCGGCACUGCUGGCAUCUUCCUCCUGGCCCACUACAACCGGGUGCCAGCCCUGCCAUUCCCGGGAGACCCCCGCCCCUACCUGCCCUUGCCUGACUGAGCC